AUGGAGAUAUGGAGUAUAGGCAUUGGUCGUAUGAUUGCAACUGCUCUAGAGAAUAACGGUGCUACCGUAUACAUCGUGGGCCGACGAUUGGAAGUUCUGGAGACAGCUGCGAAGGAGAGCAACAAAUUCGGAAAGUUAAUCCCCUUGCAAGGGGAUGUAACCAGCAAGGAUUCCCUCCUUUCGUUGGUCGAGACGCUUGGGUCUCGCCAUGGUUACAUCAACCUUCUAGUAAACAACUCCGGAGUGAUGUUUGCGCCUCAGUCUCGUCAUUCUCUCGAACCGGUUAAGGAUAUCAAGGAAUUGCAAGCCCGGCUUUGGGACUAUUCCACGCCAGAGCAAUUUGCAAAGACCUUCGAGGUAAAUUGCACAGCGGUGUAUUUCACGACAGUCGCCUUUCUAGAGUUGCUGGAUGCGGGGAAUCACAAAGGCGGUAUCCACGGAGUGACGAGCCAAGUCAUUACUGUCUCAAGCAUCGCCGGGAUGAGGAGGGAUUCGCAGAUGUUCAGCGCUGCCUACUCAAUGAGCAAGGCCGCCGUGACACACCUGGGAAAGCUAUUGGCGAACAUUCUGAAGGACCAGAAGAUACGGAGCAAUAUCAUUGCCCCUGGCCUUUACCCAUCAGAGAUGACAGCGGAAAUGUGGUCCGAGGAGCUAGUCCAGAAAGGUGUCCCACUGCAAAGAGGAGGGGAAAUACAGGAUAUGGGUGGUCUGGCAUUAUUCCUGGCGAGCAGAGCAGGCGCAUACGUUAAUGGGACUCUACACAUUAGUGACGGUGGCAGGCUCGGCCUGUUCUCUUCGACUUAUUGAUUCCGUCAGAGCAUACUAGGGUGUACCCGAAUGUACGAUAGGAUCUUGCUAGAUGAUGACAGAGCAUACUUGCGAGGCG